GUGACGCCGUUCGAAAGGUUUGCAGCGCAUCAACGGAAUUAACUGUGUUGUCAACGCUGUUUUAUUAAACGGUAUACAUUUUAACGCAUUUUUUUUUUCCAUCUUACUGAAGUUUAAACUUUUCUGAUCGGACCAUUUGAUUGAUCUUUUGAGUCGUCAUGACAGAGUUCUGGUUGAUCUCUGCUCCUGGAGAGAAGACCUGCCAGCAGACAUGGGACAAGAUGAACAUGGCCACAAGCCAUACCAACAACCUGUCCACUAACUACAAGUUCAACGUUCCUGACCUUAAAGUGGGUACUUUGGAUAUCCUUGUUGGGCUGUCAGAUGAGCUCGCCAAAUUGGAUGCGUUCAUUGAGAGCGUUGUGAGGAAAGUGGCCCAGUACAUGGCUGAUGUGUUAGAGAACACCCGAGAUAAAGUUCAGGAGAAUCUUUUGGCCAAUGGAGUUGAUCUAGUCACAUAUAUUUCACGGUUCCAGUGGGAUAUGGCCAAGUAUCCAAUCAAACAGUCCCUUAAGAACAUUUCAGAGAUCAUCACCAAGCAAGUGACUCAGAUUGACAAUGACCUUAAAGCAAGAGCUUCAGCUUAUAAUAGCCUAAAAGGCAACUUACAGAGCCUGGAGAGAAAGAGUGUGGGGAGUCUUUUGUCUAGGAGUUUGGCUGAUAUUGUUAAGAAAGAUGAUUUUGUUCUAGACUCUGAAUACCUUAUCACUCUUCUAGUGGUUGUCCCAAAGACAAGUUAUGUUGACUGGCAGAAGACUUAUGAAACUCUUGCUGAAAUGGUGGUUCCAAGAUCCACAAAAAUUAUAUCUGAAGACCAAGACAGUGGGUUGUUUAGUGUCACACUCUUCAGAAAAGCUAUUGAUGACUUCAAACACAAAGCAAGAGAAAACAAGUUCAUUGUGCGUGACUUUCAGUACAAUGAAGAGGAGAUGAAAGCAGACAAAGAGGAGAUGACUCGCCUCUCCACGGACAAGAAGAAGCAAUUUGGCCCUUUGGUACGUUGGCUUAAAGUAAACUUCAGUGAGGGCUUCAUCGCAUGGAUACACAUCAAGGCACUUCGAGUUUUUACAGAGUCUGUCUUGAGAUAUGGGCUGCCUGUCAAUUUCCAGGCCAUGCUGUUGCAACCCAGCAAGAAGAAUGUGAAGAAGCUGAGAGAAGUUCUACAAGACCUUUACAAGUACUUGGACAGCAGUGCUACUAUUAUUGAUGCAUCUAUGGACAUCCCAGGUCUGAAUUUCAGCCAGCAGGAGUACUAUCCAUAUGUUUUCUACAAGAUUGAAUGUAAUCUCCUGGACUUCAAAUAGAAUUCAUAUUGAAAUGCACCAUUCCAUUUCUGCUUUUGUGAGACACAGAGACUGGUCCCUUUAAUUUAUUAAUGACUUGUUUUUUCUGUCCUUUUUACCUCUCUGCCAGUAACUUCCUAUUUCUGUCUCAUUCUAUCAUUCCUGCAGAUGGCUAUUGGCAUUAGCAGUCACAUCUGUCGUGUGACUGCUGGUUAAAUUUAUUUUGCUUUAAUAUGUUUACAAAUGAAGAAUAUCUUUUUUUUUUGUAUCUGUCCUUUGAAGACGUGUCAUUCAACAUUUAACACAGAGGCAGUGACAUCACUCCUCUUUUACUGAACCAUAGUGGUUGUGCAUCUAAUUAUUGUUUUUCUUUUUAGCUUCCUCUAUGAGCUUACUCUGUGCCAUGCGCUGGUAUUGUAGUGAUUAUCUUUAAUUAUGUUGUCAACCAAUAUGUUCAUGUUUGUCUGUGUUUGUGCAUCUCAAGUGAGAUUGCAUAAUUUAUAUAUUUUGAUGGAAAAGGAGAAAUAGAUGAUCACAUGCUGGGUAUACUGUAAAGACCAAUCAGAGUGAAUAAAAUGAUA